AUGCCUCUCAUCUAUGCACUUGGGUCAAAUGGCGCCGGUCAAUUGGGAAUAGGCCAUCUCAAUGACGUGGCCAAGCCUGAGAAGUGCAUGUUCGUCUCGAAAGAAAGCCGAAUCAAUGUUGAUGGAAGCCAAAUCGACAGAGAGCGAAAGGUGAAGAAGAUUGUGGCCGGUGGGAACCAUACCCUAAUACUCACAGAAGAAGGGAAAGUGUUCGCAGCCGGAAGAAAUGGCGAUGGGAGGCUUGGUUUACCAAUUGAAGGUCAUGAGGAUGAAAAAUCGAAAUUUGAGGAAGUUGAUUUCUCAGAGAGUGAAGAGCUUACGGCUUGUUUCGGUAGCGAUACUUGGAAAGUAACGGAUAUUGCAGCGACCUGGGAGGCUUCAUUCUUUGUCGUCAAUCACAAAUUCAUUCUCACCUGUGGAUCAGGCCUAAAAGGGGAACUUGGCCUAGGGACGGAUAUCCAAGUAGCCAACACGAUGAGAAAAGUCUUCGAGGUUGAUGAGCCCGGUGUACAUAUUUUGGAUAUUGCCGCAUGUAUGGCACACCUUGUUUUUAUCACUUCUCAAGGCCUGGUCUUCGGUUGGGGAGGAUGUCGGAAAGGCCAGCUGGGCCACGAUCUGGAGAAAGAGAAGACCGUGUGGAGCCCAAGGCGUCUUGGUGAUGACUUGUAUCUGAAACCUGAGAGAGUUGUCGUUGGUCGAGAAUAUACCGUAUUGAUGCGAUCAGGUGAGAACCCGGUCUUCUGGGGAAAUUCGAAAUUCUUCGACCCCAAGGAUGUGAAAAGGGCAGCAGAGAAUGACCUCCUUGUUUCGGGAUGGAGUUCAAUUCAUCUAUUGUCUUCCAGGCCGACAGCUCUGAUAACGAGUAUUGGCCGGAAUGAUCGAGGCCAGCUUGCAUCAAGGACAUUCCCUCCACUCCAGACCCUAGCGACCGGGAGUGAACACUGUGUUGGGAUUACCUCCGCUGGUAAAGUGAUCGCUUGGGGAUGGGGAGAGCACGGUAAUUGUGGUGAUCCACUAGACAGUAAAGGUAACGUCGUCGGUCGCUGGAAUGAGAUCAUCAUUCCAGAGUCAGCAGAGGGCACUCAGGCCAACAGAGUGGCCGCUGGGUGCGCCACGACUUUCAUCAUUUGUGACAGAGGCGAAUGA